UUGAAAAGUACAGGAUGCGAUUUACCUUUAUAUGUUUUUGUGUCUCAGACCAUUUAUCAGACAGAGCUCGGUCAGACUCUGGACCUCCUGACAGCUCCACCUGGUCAGGUUGACCUUAGCAGAUUCACCAUGGAAAGGUACAAUGCCAUUGUAAAAUACAAGACGUCCUUUUAUUCGUUUUACUUACCAGUGGGAGCUGCUUUGUACAUGGCAAGUAUUUCUAUAUAUCUUAUACAUGGUAGGGAUGUCUCUUUAACACCUGAUUUAACUGCCCCUUUGCAGGCAGGACUCAACAGCAAAGAGGAACACAACAAUGCCAAACACAUUUUACUUGAGAUGGGAGAAUUCUUCCAGAUACAGGAUGACUACUUGGACUGUUACGGAGACCCCGCUGUGACUGGAAAGAUUGGCACAGACAUCCAGGAUAACAAGUGCAGCUGGCUGGUCGUGAAAGCUCUGGAAGUCAUGACUCCUAAGCAGAGAUCAGAGUUACAGGCUUGCUAUGGUCACAGUGAUGAAGCUAGUGUGGAAAAGGUCAUGGCUCUGUACAACACCCUGCAAAUGCCAACGUUGUAUCACAGAUACGAGGAGGAGAGCUACCAGCGGCUGCAGAAGCUCAUCGCUGCUCACGCUGGGACUCUUCCUCAUUCAGUCUUCCUCAAUUUCGCAAAAAAAAUCUACAAGAGAAACAAGUAA